CCACUUUGGAGCAAUCAACAAUAUAUCAUGAAUGACACCAGGCACCAGUCUUUGUUCUUUGUCAGUCUGCCAGAUCUACAAAAUCUCUGUGCCUCUACAGUAACACUGAGUUCUCAUAUACCAGAAACUGAGACAAGGAGUACACAGAUAAAGAUUUGCAGACGGUUAUUAUUCCUGCAUCAAGACAUCCUUUCUGCACCUGUUAUUGGAACACUAAAUCAAAUUUCAGUUGUAAUGGCGAUACCAUUUUACAAAUCAGGAAUAUGUCAAGCCUACAUAGAGAAACAAGGAGCUACUCUGGAAGCACCGCAAACAGUUAGUCCAGCCAUUCUCCAGACCUGUCUCUCCUACACACUUACAGCUAGACUUGCACCCAGAUGGAACAAGGCUGGUCAUCUCUUGGUGCAAGGAAAAGAUUUUUUGUCUCAUUCAGGAAGGCAAAAUGCUGUUGUUAUAGACCUCAGUGUAUCAGAGAGACAGCUUUGCAUCAGUGUGGAGCCUUGCUCAAUUCGGUUGCCACCCCCUCAGCUGGAAGAUUUUGAUAUUUCAACAAACACCUUAAAGUUAUUUGACAGCAAUGAAAAUAUAGUUAUUCACCGACAUUCCAUAUUAAGUAACUGGUGCUAUGUUUUGCCAAGCAUGAAAAUGGGUCAGAUCAUAAACAUCAGCCACAUAAUUCCUCCAGAAUCUCCUUUCCAUUCAUAUAAAGAAUUUCAGAUGCAUUGGAAGAAUCUGUAUGGAUAUAUUCUUCCAGAGGAUAUUGAAAAGACCAAAAUAUACUUCAGUGUUUACUUCAGACCAAUAGGGGAAAGGUUCUUUACGUACCCUUUAAGUUGUAUUCGAAGUCAGCCAGUGCAGUAUUUCCCUAGAACGGAUUCAGAAAGUGUGUUGAACUCUUUUCUUUCUGACAUCAAGUGUAAUCUUUCACAUCUAUGUGGAUUUCCAGUAAAGAUGACAAGUAAAGCACUUUAUGCUACAGAGGGACUCUCCAGGGCUCUGGAAAUGAAAUCGAAGCAUAUGAAAUUGGCGGGUGAGAUGGUUUGUGUGGUAUCCCUAACGCAGUCUCCUCUAAGGAAAGAGACUUUGCCUGGAAUUUCUUCACCUUGCAGUAUGGAAAACAGCCACUGGAUGGAGCGUUUGAUCAAAGAGCCAGAAAGCCAGACUUCUUCGAGUAGCAGUAAGGGUACAGGAAAGAUUAGCAUUGAAGCAACAGAGAAUUCAAUGAGGAAUCGGCAAAUACCUGGAGUACCAGAGUUACCAGCUAUGAAAUCUUUAGGAAUGCCUGUAAAUUCAGCCUUUGAACUUCCCCCCAGAAAUGUCAGCAGAGUUAUACCAAUUUUCAAAGGAAAGUUGAUGCAAAUGAAUGGAAAGACUGCAAACCGAACAGAUGGGAAGAAAAGAGGAAGUGCUGAAAGACAUUCACCAGUAAAAAUCAUGAGUGUUUCAUCUUCUAUGCUGACUGUGCACAAGUCCAGCAUAACUCAGGUUUGCAAACCUGUUCAAAAUAUGCCAGUCAAAAAUUCUAAUCAUAGCAAUGUACUUCAAGCUAUGAACACGAAAAGAUACACAAAACCUCUAUUUCAAUGGAAAACGAAGUCUGGUGGACAAAUGACUAAUUCUGAUUUUUCUAAUAACCCAGCUUCAGGUGAGAAUUCAAGUGAAGGCAAUUACAAAAUGGCAAAUUCUCCUUCCUUUCUUAAGAAUGUUGGGUUAGUGCUUCAGAAAUCAAACAUUUGUCUGAGUCUGGAUACAUCUACAUCUCCUAUUUCCAGUGCAAGAAGGGGAAAGAAGUUUGCAAGUCAAAAUACCAUGCAAGUUCUUGAAGAACAACAGCAGUCAAAGAAAGUACAUUUGCAGAUUUGUAAAUUAGACAAUGCAAUGACAAAUUCCAGUUUAUCUCGGCAACAAACAAAGAGAUCAAAUGGAGGAGCAGGGUUAAAUAUUCAUGAAUCUGUCUUAAAUGAUACAGCGCAUAUCGCCAAAAAUGAAGAAAAUAAAGCAGCAUGCUAUUCUAAGGACUAUGUCACUAAGACAGCCAGUCAUCUUUGCAAAUCUAACUUUGAACAGAUGAUUACAGGGAACGAAUAUCUGACAUGCGAAACACUGACCUCAAAACUAACUUCCUCUAUCAAGGAGAACAACAUGGAAGCAUCUGUAAAGAAAGGUUGUGCAAGAAGAAGACAGAAAGAAGAAGGUUAUUCCAAGUUAAAGAAAGCCAAAAGAAGUAAGCCUUCUAUUUAGGAUGUUCUGGAGUACUGAAAGAAAACUCUAGGUAUGCACAUUACAAAUUUUAAAUAUUAUUCUUUAUCAAAAUAAUAUCACUCGUUCUACACUUUUGGAUCAUGACAAUGAUAUCAGCUGUCUCUAAAGGAAUCACUUUACUGAACAAAUGGCUUCUACAGCAAAAUAAUGAGAUAACAGAAGCUAAUAUUCUUGGUUUUAUUGGACACUAGCAAAUAAAGCUUUGCUUUGUGUGUGUGUUUAGCAAGCAACGUUAAAUACAAAGGCAUCUUGUACUUAGUAAAACAGAAUUUGUCUUAAAUUUGUAUUUUGAUUGUCUCUUUUUCUUUCAGACUAUUAUAAA